AUAUAAAUAACGUCUGUAUUUCAGCGGGAAUCUCCGCUAAACGUACGAACUCUACCGACUUUUGCCGACGUUUACCGAGUUAAAACUGGCUCAGGCCGGUGCUAAUGCCGGUUUGUCGCGGCAGACACUGCGCAGAUAACGGAACACUGAGUGCGGGUCGACACCGAGCGGCGACUAUGGAGUGUGGACGGAGCUGCCUCCGGAGCGACACGGGCAGGUAACGGCGGCGUCCCCGGACUUCCUCGCUCUCUGAGCUGCCGACGGAACGACCUGUUGCCGCUGAUGCGCAGAGGAUGAGCGGCGGCGCCGCCUCAUCGCUGCUGCGGUUGCCGCUGCUGCUGCUGCUCAGCGGCAGCGCUGCCUUCACGGUCUCUAUGUCCCUGAACGCACCGCAGAACCGAGCAGUUCAGAAUGAGAGUAAAGACCGAAAGACAGACGGUACCGAUGGUAUCAUCACAUCCGUCACAGGUGCGGACAGACAGCGGCGCCCACUCUUGGAGAAGACACGUCCCUUUGUCCUAGUGGACGGACAUAGACAAAACCUGGCUGAGGCUUUUCAGAGUGGAGGAUACAACGACACGCUGCAGUGUGGACUGGAGGUGAGAGGACAACUCUUUCUGCUGGACCUGCAGAAAAACCAUGAUCUUCUUCCUGAACCUCCGAACGUCUUCUACUAUCUGCCAAACGGCACUGGAGUGUCGGUAAAAGCUGGUCCAGAGACUCACUGCUAUUACCACGGCAGCGUCCGAGGAUUCCCUGAGUCCAGAGCGGCUCUCAGCACCUGCGCAGGACUCCGCGGCGUCGUCGUCAUCAACUCCACACUGAGCUUCGAGCUGCAGCCGGAGGAGGAGGAGGACAGAAGAGAUGGAGCUGGAGCUGGAGAAGGAGUUCACCUGCUGUUCUCUCCUACUCCUCUGGAGGGAGACAGUGCUAAAGGUUGUGGGGUUCCCAACGCUGCCCCUGCUGGUGAGGACGCAGGUGUCCACAAUUUCACACACAGAAGAAGGAGAGACAUCCUGUCUGAGACCAAGUUCAUCGAGCUGGUUCUGGUGGCUGACCAUCAGGAGUUCAUCAAUUACCAGAAGAACAACAAGACCAUCAUGUAUCGAAUGCUGGACGUGGCCAACCAGGUGGACUGGUUCUACCGUCCCCUGAAUGUGAGGGUGGCUCUGAUUGGUCUGGAAAUCUGGAGCGACAAAGACAAGAUCCAGGUGGAGAAGAGUCCGACGGAGACGCUCAGCAACUUCCUGGAGUGGAGAACCCGAGAGCUACUCCCCCGUCUCCGCCACGACAACGCCCAGCUCAUCAUGGGCGGGGCCUUCGAUGGCACCACGGUGGGGAUGGCGUCCCAGGGUUCAAUGUGCUCCAAAGACCGGUCGGGUGGAGUCAAUGUGGAUCACCUGGUGAGCAUUUUGGGCGUGGCCUCCACCGUCGCCCACGAACUCGGUCACAACCUGGGGAUGAGCCACGACACAGCUGAGCGACACUGCUCCUGCCAGAACGAGCCACGGCUCGGGGGCUGCAUCAUGGAGCCGUCCACCGGGUUGAUGCCAGGUCAGCAGUUCAGCAGCUGCAGCUCCAGCGACCUGUCGGUCAGCCUGCUGCACGGAGGAGGAAUGUGUCUGUUCAACGUUCCCAAACCGGAGGUGCUGAUGGGUGGAGCUCGCUGCGGAAACCUGUACGUGGAGAUGGGAGAGGAGUGUGACUGCGGCCUUCUGCAGGAGUGUGAUGACCCCUGCUGUAACGCCUCCACCUGUCAGCUGAUGCCUGGAGCUCAGUGUUCAUCUGACGGAGUCUGCUGCCAGGACUGUAAGUUGCGAGCAGCGGGCUCAGUGUGUCGUGAGCCCCUCGGAGAGUGUGACCUCCCAGAGUUCUGCACCGGCUCCUCCUCGUACUGCCCCCCCAACGUCUUCCUGCAGAAUGGAGAACCCUGUGAGGACGGCGCCACCUUCUGUUACGGAGGAGUCUGUGCCAGCAUGGCUGCCCAGUGCCAACUGUUGUGGGGACCCAACUCCACCAGCGCUCCAACCAUCUGUUUCUCAUCCGUCAACAAACGAGGAAACAAGUUUGGUAACUGUGGUCAGCUGACCAACGGCUCCUACGUUCCUUGUGAAAACACUGAUGUUCGCUGUGGAAGGAUCCAGUGUCAGGGUGGCAGAGAGCGCCCCCUGCUGGGCACCAGCGCAGAAAUCCUCACCACUACCGUCCACUUCAAUCACAGUGACCUGGUCUGUAGGGGAACCUUCUUCCACCUGGGAGACGACGUGUCCGACCCUGCCACUGUGGCCCCCGGCACGUCCUGUGGCCUAGGAAAGGUGUGUUUGGACCAAAAGUGUCAGGAUGUGUCAGUGCUGGGUGUUGACGACUGUCGCAGGAAAUGCAACGGUCAUGGGGUGUGUAACAGUAAUAAGAACUGUCACUGUGACAUGGGCUGGGCUCCACCAGACUGUAGGUACUCUGGUCAUGGAGGCAGCGUGGACAGUGGACCAGCCACCUCCAGCCCAGAGUCCGACCCGGUCCGUGUUGCGUUGUUGGUCGUCUUCCUCUUCAUCCUGCCGCUGGUUCUCCUCGUCCUCUUUCUUCGUAUUCCUCGAGUCCGGCGACUAGUGAUGUGUCUGGGAGCCAACAGUCCACUACACAAAGCUCGACAAAACAACAGAACACCAGUGAGGGAGAGAGACAACAACAGUAAUGGAGAGCAGGUCCGACCACUGAGAUACCACCUGAACCCACAACCAGAUAUCCCAAUGACCCCGGCCCAGAAAGAGGUUCACCACAGACCGGCUCCUCCCACAAAGCCCCUCCCCCCUCACCCUGACUCCACCCCCACCAGUGCCCCACAGGGUGUUAAACAGAGAGCUGCUCCCCCUUCCAAGCCUCUGCCCCCUGACCCCCUCUGCUGGCAGGUCCAGCGGCUGGUGACUCGACCAGCUGCACCCAACAAGCCCCUCCCCCCCGACCCUGUCACACCUGUAAAGCUUCCUGUUUCACUCAAACCUCUGGUUCCCAGAAAGCCGUCCCCACUGACCGUCCCCCCACACGCCAUGUCUUCCCCUCCUCCACGCAGCUCCUCCUGCAGCACCAAACCCAACAUAGCCACAGCCACAGCCGCCCCCAACAGAAGACUUCCAGCCCCGCCCACUCGACCUUUAAACUCUCACAAAGUUGAGUCCUAUUUCCCUCUGUGACUCCCUGGUGAUCAGUGCCUCUGUGUGGACAAUCAGGAAUCGAACCCUCGACACUGGAUAUGUUUCUCUAAGGAGCACAUCAGUGAAGAAAACAGUGCCCCUGGAGGCGACAGGGUGUCAGGGCCUCGGCCAGGACUUUGACCUGAAGCUGGUUCUUGACGUAUCCUGGAUCAACGAAAUUCCUCAGGUUUUUAAACUGGUUUGAAACUCUCAGUUCAAGACGUGUCGAGCUGUUGAAACCGCUGUCAAACUGGUUCAAAAGUCUCCGACUCAGACGAGGCUGAAGUGUCAGAACCCAGGUUUAACAGACCUCUGAAUGCUGGACUGGGUUUAAACUGUCAGUUUCAACUGAAAACAAAAAGUUUAGACCAUUUUAAACUCAACAAACUGGUUAGUGCCGGUCUAAACUGGUUUAUGGUCGAAAUCAAACCAAUUAUUUUUAAAUUUGAUCAAACUUGUUCAGUCUCUGUCCAACUGGAUUAAAAUGAAUUCAUCCAUAACUGUGAAACCACAACAGAGUCCAAUUAAAAGCUUUAGAAAACACAAAUAUUUGUUUACAAAAACGAUUCCUGAAGAAUCAGACGACGACGUUUGUUUGACGGCUGAUGUGAACUUUUUACUUUAAAUAAAUACAUUUGUACUAUAUUGAUCUUGUAUUUGGGAAAUUGCGUUGGCAGCAGAUGUGCUGUUUACAGGCUGCCCCCAGCAAACAUAUGGUUCCUCUGGGAAUCGAACCCAGGAAGCAGGCGUGCUAACCGCUACACCAUGGAACUGAAAGAUACGUGCAAGUUUGAAAAGGAUUUUUCUACAGAAGAAAUCGUGGAAAAUGAAUUUGGACUGGAUUGGAGUUUUGAGCCAAUCAGCUGAUGAUGAUGUCACACCAAAGAAGGAUGGAUACGUCGAGUGUUGUUUUUAAAUGCUGCAUAAUUGUGACUUUUUCUUAAAACCAUAAUAAAACUGUAAA